GCCGACGCCGACCGACGCCCGUCGACCCUUGUGCAGUGGGGUGAAGUUUAUUAGACGAGCCGGACGAGCGACACGCGGCUACUAAAUUUGGAGGGUCUUGCAAACCAAUUGUACACGUUUCGAUUUCACUAACACGACGUUCGUUUAAUAAUUAAUACAUAGACGUAGUCGUAUAGACGUUAUAGAUUAUCAUACGUCCACACGCCACAUACGUGACAUAGAAAAAUAAACGCGAGUACAAAACGAAUAAAUCCUUUUCGAACGGCUGAUGGGAAACGUCGGGAUCGUCACUCGAGAACAACUAUUUCACUCAGCAGCUCGACGCGGUCUCUUUUGCUAAAGCCAUCGGUGUCGGACCUUGGAUAUCAAUAAAAAUGACCUGGAAGAAAGAAUCGUAGAAAACUUUUACGUCGCAUUAAGAACGUGCUCAAACUGUCUUGUUCAAAGGAUGAAUCCAAAAUAGAGCCCCAAAGGUUCUGUUUUCCGGAUGGACGAGAGAGGGUUAACGUGCUUGAGCCCUCUCCAGCAGUCCGGAGGGGGCAGGCUGACCAGGGUAUAAGAAGUGCACCCGACCAUGUCCAUUGCUGACACCGAUUCUUCGUUCUCCAGUGAAGAAAAAAGCCUAUUCCGUCCUUUUACUCGCGAAUCGCUGAGGGCCAUUGAACAGCGCAUAGCCGAAGAUCAUGCAAAACAGAAAGAACUUGAGGAAAAAAGAGCUGAAGGGGAGCCCGUGCCAUGGAAGAGAAAUAAAAAUAAAGACAUUCGGUAUGAGGACGAGGACGAAGAUGAAGGUCCCCAGCCGGACGCCACUCUUGAACAGGGAGCGCCUUUACCGGUUCGGCUAAUCGGCACGUUCCCGCCCGAAUUAGCAUCCGUUCCACUCGAAGAUAUCGAUCCUUACUAUCACAAUCAAAAAACAUUUGUAGUAAUUAGCAAAGGAAAAGAUAUCUUCAGGUUCAGCGCCACCGACGGUCUUUGGGUGCUAGAUCCCUUCAACCCCAUCCGGAGAGUGGCCAUUUACAUAUUGGUCCAUCCGAUAUUUUCCGUAACAAUCAUUUUUACUAUACUUACAAAUUGUGUGUUCAUGAUAAUGCCCCCAACUCCAACUAUCGAAGCGUCUGAAGUAAUAUUUACCGGCAUCUACACAUUCGAAUCGGCUGUGAAAGUAAUGGCCCGAGGUUUCAUAUUAGAACACUUCACCUAUCUUAGAGAUGCAUGGAAUUGGCUAGACUUCAUUGUUAUUGCAUUAGCUUAUGUUACUAUGGGUAUAGAACUGGGAAACCUAGCUGUUCUCCGUACAUUUCGAGUACUGCGAGCGCUCAAAACUGUAGCCAUCGUACCUGGACUGAAGACUAUCGUCGGAGCUGUGAUAGAAUCCGUGAAAAACCUCAGGGAUGUCAUAAUAUUAACAAUAUUCUCUCUGUCUGUGUUCGCGUUAUUAGGAUUACAAUUAUAUAUGGGUGUUUUAACGCAAAAAUGUAUUAAAGAGUUUCCCUCUGACGGCUCGGCUGGUAAUCUGACGGGGGAAAAUUGGAAAGCGUUUAUGUCGAACAAAUCAAACUGGCAAACCGGCGAAGAAGAUGACUAUCCAUUGUGCGGAAAUGGUACAGGGGCAGGCCAAUGUCAUUCCGGGUACAUUUGCAUUCAAGGUUUCGGACCAAAUCCAAACUACGGGUACACUAGUUUUGAUACAUUUGCUUGGGCUUUGUUGUCAGCGUUUAGGCUAAUGACUCAAGACAACUGGGAAGCCCUGUAUCAACAGGUUUUGAAAGCUGCCGGGCCGUGGCACAUGUUUUUCUUCAUUGUCAUAAUAUUCCUCGGUUCGUUCUAUCUUGUCAAUUUGAUAUUAGCUAUCGUAGCAAUGUCUUAUGACGAGUUGCAAAAAAAAGCCGAGGAAGAAGAGGCGGCUGAAGAAGAAGCGAUCAGGGAAGCGGAACAGGCAGCCAAAGACAGAGAGAUUCGGAGGCAAGCUCAUGAGGAGAGGGUAGCGGAACGUGCAGUGAGAGCUCGGACCGCUCACCAUCAUCCGAAAUCGCCUUCGGACUUCUCUUGUCAAAGCUACGAUAUGUACGAUGGUCAAGACAGGGGACUCGGCGACGACAACCAUCGUGAAAAAAUGAGUUUGCGAUCGGCGUCGGUUACGAGUCAAGACAAACAUUCAGACACUACAAGUAUGGGCAGGCAGGGUGGUAAAACGAGAAAGACAAGUCUAAGCUUACCCGGGUCACCCUUCAAUCUCAGACGGGCGUCACGCGGAAGUCAUCAGCUGACCCAUCGAAAUGGAAGACCGAGAUUUACCGGCGUCGACACUAAACCGUUAGUCCUGAAUACAUUGCUGGACGCCGAGGAGCAUUUACCAUAUGCGGACGAUUCGAACGCGGUGACUCCAAUGAGCGAAGAAAACGGUGCCAUCGUCAUGCCUUUAUCGUAUACCAAUUUAGGUUCAAGACACAGUAGUUAUACGUCGCAUACAUCUCGGAUUACCUAUACGUCCCACGCAGAUUUGUUCAAACCGCCCGUGACCAAAGAAAGCCAACUGAGGUCAAGAUCAGCCAGAAAUUAUAAUUAUCCUGCCGAGCAGAGAUAUUACAAAGAUGAGGAAUAUGAUUCUGGUUCAAUGUCCAAAUCCAAACAGCAAGUAGACGAAUGUAGUUACAACGAACCGCAAAAGCACGCCAUUGUCGACAUGAGAGACGUUAUGGUCUUAAACGAUAUUAUUGAACAAGCAGCCGGUCGACAGAGUAGGGCCAGCGAAAAAGAAGUGUCCACGGUGUACGUGUUUCCCACAGAUGAAGAGGCUGACGAAGGAGCUGAAGAAGAAGAAGACGACGAAGACGAAGAGCCAACGUUUCGCGAGAAAUUUCAAGUAUGGCUAUUGAAGUUCAUAGAUACAUUCUGCGUGUGGGAUUGCGGUUGGCCGUGGCUUAUGUUUCAGCAAGGACUGGCGUUUAUAGUGUUCGACCCGUUUGUUGAGCUUUAUAUCACGCUAUGCAUCGUCGUUAACACGCUGUUUAUGGCUCUCGAUCACCACGAAAUGGAUCCCGAUUUGGAUUUCAUUCUGAACAAAGCUAAUGUUUUUUUUAGCGCUACGUUCGGCGUAGAAGCAGCCCUCAAACUUAUGGCUAUGAGUCCAAAAUAUUACUUCCAAAUGGGUUGGAAUAUCUUCGAUUUUAUCAUUGUCGUACUGUCUGUGGUAGAGUUGCUGUCGGCCGGCUAUCAAGGUCUUUCAGUUUUGCGGUCUUUUCGUUUGCUCCGAGUGUUUAAGUUGGCGAAAUCAUGGCCAACAUUAAAUCUGUUAAUAUCGAUUAUGGGUCGAACGAUUGGCGCAUUGGGUAAUCUUACGUUCGUGUUGUGCAUAAUUAUAUUUAUAUUUGCUGUCAUGGGCAUGCAACUAUUUGGUAAAAACUACACAGAAAAAAUGUACUUAUUCAAAGACCAAGAGCUCCCCAGAUGGAACUUUACCGACUUUCUUCAUUCAUUCAUGAUCGUAUUUAGAGUAUUGUGUGGCGAGUGGAUUGAGUCUAUGUGGGACUGUCUGCUUGUGGGCGAACCAACUUGCAUACCGUUUUUUUUAGCUACAGUUGUCAUCGGUAACCUUGUGGUGCUAAACCUUUUCUUGGCGUUACUGUUGAGUAAUUUUGGUUCAUCGAACUUAUCAGUACCUACUGCCGAUAGCGAUACGAAUAAGAUCACCGAAGCAUUCGAACGCAUUGGUCGGUUCAACAAAUGGGUAAAAAAUCUAUUGCUGAAUUUCCUGAAAGCGCUCAGAGCAAAACUUACCAAUCAAAUAUCAGUUCAGGCGUCAGGUGAGGCCUGCCUAAACUACAGUUGGGACCAAGGUCGCAACAGAGAAAUCGAUUUAGAUGCUGACGACGUUAUUAUAGAUGGCAUGAUGUCCUAUAAAGAUAGUAAAGACCAAAUAGAAGUGACUAUUGGUGAUGGCAUGGAACUAACUAUUCCGGGUGAUGUUAAACAAAAAAGUAAAACAAAUCAAGUUGGGAAUUCAAUAGGAAAUCAUCAAGGAAAUACUUUUGGAAACAAAUACAAUAAAGAAAGUUUCGAUAUGGACAGUGUAAAAUGCUAGCAGAUAUUUAAUUGGACUGUUGUCUGUUAGUCACUUCAGUUCACAGAUCGUCUACAUCACUAUUUAGGAAAACAGCUCACAUUCUUUUGGACGUAUUAUAAAAAAAAAAUGAAGAAAAAACAAUAAUCGAGCCAAUGCAAGAGCACUGAAAAAAAUUAACCAAUUUCUAACUUCAUUAUUAGUAUUUCGUACUAGACACGAUGUGAUUGUAAUUAAUGAAACGCGCAGAGUUAUUGAGAGAGUAGUCGACAAUUUGGUACAAUUAACAAAAAAUGUUAAAAUUAGUAAUAGGAAAACAGGUAAAAUUAUUAGCUUACAAGAAUGACAUAUAAAUAUAAUGUUUUUAUAUAUAAAUGUAUAUAAAAAAAACGCGGUAACCCAUCUUGACAACUCUGUGCGUUGCAAGCCGGUACAGUGCAGGAAAUUAUUUUGAGAAUAUUUGCGUACAUACAUUGCACGUGCAUUUUCAAAAGCCAAUGGUUGUUUUUAGGUAGGUCUGUGAUGAGACGUCGAAGAGCUUAAGCUGUAUUCGCUAAAGUAUAUUUACAAUAUUAUUAUUAUCUUAUGUAAAAUUAUUAUACAUUACGGAACGUCAUUUUGGUAACCUAAACAAUAGAAAAAUUGUUUAAAAAAGUUAGUAUUUAAGCUCAACAUGCUUUUUCGAUAAAUUGUAUCACGAUUUGUAUGUUUUUCUAAAAUACACAAAUAAUAUUGUAGCAAUAGCCUGUAAAUAAUUAAAGAAAAAAAGUGAAUAGGUUAAAUAGUAAAUACGUAAAACAAUAUAUCUAAUAAGGCUUUAUUCAACCAACUAUUUUUUAAAUUAACAAAACAAUAGUAUAAUCAUGAAAAAUAAACAAAAUAAAAUACGUCGUUAAAAAUAAAAAUUAUCUGUGAUAUUUCUAAAUUCGUCGUAUCUGUGAUUGAACUUUAGUUUUUUUCAUCCGUUUUUCAAUUAAAAGAUUUAUUUAAUUGUUAUUUUUCGUUCAUGGACGAACAUUUUUUUCAAGAUAAAAUAAAUUAAUAUUUAAUGUACAUAACAAACGAAUUAAUUUGUAAAAAAAAUUAAUAAUAAUAACAUGAAAUAUUUAUUAGUACUUAGUUUAUUAAACUACUGUCUAAACACUAACAUACCUAUAUUAUUUUAAUUAAGCUUGAUUCUGUGUUGCGUUUUUCCGAUCCUCUACGAUAUUGAUAAGUAAAAAUAUAGGAUUCAAAUUAAUAUGUGAACACCAAUAUAAAAAUAACAUCAAGCGCUUUAGGCAAAAUUUAACUUUAACGAUACAUACUUUGUUAUUUUCUGUAGCUAAAAUUGUUAUUAUCUGUUAAGUUUUUAGUUGUAUGUAUGUUUAAUUUAUUAGUUAAAACGGAGUUACCAAAAUGACGUCGCUUUUGCUUUAAGAGCAUUCAAUAGUAUCCAUUUUAUUCCUUUAAAAAAAACAAGAAAAAACAAUUUAAAACAAUAAUAAAUGCUUGACUCAAUCACUUGAAAACGCACAAAUUUUGUAACGAUGCAUUUUUAUGAAGAAAAAAGACAACCAAUUAAACUUGUCCUAUAAUACGCACUGUUAUUUAUAGAUUCGGAAUUUGUAAUACUGUACGGUUAUGUUUAAAAACCGUUUUGUUACACUUUUGAACGUUGUUGAAAGUUUUAAGUUUAAGAAAAUAUUGUAAAAAAAAUUGUUAAUUGAUGGAUGAUAAUAAGUAUUGUGUAAACAAAUUUAUUACGGACGAUUUUUGCUUAAGGGUUAAUACAAUUAUUAUUUUUCCGCCUACUUUUUAAGAAACGUUAUUAUUAUUAUUGUUUCGGGGUAAUUUUUACUAAAAUGAUAAUAAUAAUUAUAAAAAAAUUAAUUCAAUUAUAUUGUUAUCUGCUGUAUCUGAGACGAGGACAACGCUGAAUACUGUAAACAAAAUAUGUAUGCGACGUUUUUCGCACCGGCAUGUCCUUCCCUCUUUGACGGUACGAAAAUUGUCGGAUAAUAUUGCCUACGAAUAUUUUUUAACAUUGUACAUUUCAUAUUUUGCAAUAAUUUG